UCAGUGACGGGGGGGGACAGACACACACACACACACACCGCACAGAUCGCUGCGAACCGCGCGGAGAUGGCGACGCGAUCUCGGGCGCACAAGAAAUGCACCGUUAUUGGAGGUUCAGGGUUUUUGGGCCAACAUCUAGUACAGAAGUUGCUGGAGAAAGGAUUCACAGUCAAUAUCUUGGAUGUCCGAAAAACAUUUGACAAGCAAGGGGUCCAGUUCUUCACUGCAGACCUGUGCAGUAAAGAGGAUGUGCUACCAGCGUUUCAGGAUGUGAGCGUUGUAUUUCACUGUGCUUCUCCAGCACCUUCCAGUGACAACCGAGAACUUUUUUACAAGGUGAACUACACAGGGACCAAAACUAUCAUUGAAGCUUGUAAAGAGGCUGGAGUGCAGAAACUAGUGCUGACCAGCAGCGCUAGUGUAGUAUUCGAAGGGACUGACCUCAAAAAUGGCUCUGAAGACUUGCCUUAUGCCGAAAAACCCAUUGAUUACUAUUCACAAACCAAAAUUUUGCAGGAGAAGGAAGUUCUUCGAGCUAAUAAUCCAGAUGAGAACUUCAUGACGGUUGCAAUUCGUCCUCAUGGCAUUUUUGGACCCCAAGAUCCCCAUUUGGUGCCUGUCCUUGUACAAGCUGCUAAAAGUGGCAAGAUGAAAUUCAUGAUUGGCGACGGCAAGAACCUGGUAGACUUCACCUAUGUUGAUAAUGUUGUGCACGGGUUGAUUCUGGCAGCAGAGAAUCUACACCCUAACUCCCCCAUCUGUGGAAAGGCCUAUCACAUUACAAAUGACGAACCCAUUCCCUUUUGGACCUUCCUAUCUCAGCUGUUGGUUGGAUUAAAUUACGAGGCCCCAAAGUACCAUAUACCCUAUCUGCUGGCUUAUUAUUUGGCUUUCUUGCUCUCACUGCUGGUGCUAAUACUAAAGCCAUUUGUGACCAUUAAACCCACUUUCACCCCAAUGCGAGUGGCGUUAGCUGGAACAUUCCAUUAUUAUAGCUGUGAGAGGGCAAAGAAGGAGUUGGGGUACAAGCCUGUGGUCAGUCUGAGCGAAGGGGUCAAGAACACAGUUCAAAGUUUCACACACCUUCGGCAAUCAGGAUAGCGACAUAAUUAAGAGAGUUCAGUGUGUGUUGGAUUGCUGGACUCUCAAUCUUCACAUCGAGGGUUACAUCUCAGGAUUGGGGCACUUCACUGACAGGAAGUGGGGAGGGGGAGGAAUGCAAAGUGCAGAACAUUUCCUGUAGGUUCAUUGUAAACAAACAGUCUAAUAAUUUAGACAACCGGAAAGCCUUAUACGAAGCAAAGCAGCACUUGUACAGUAUUAGGUUUGGGAAGAUAUUUAGGUUGUAAUUCAAAAGUAGAAACAUGCUGACACACUGCUGGGAGGCUGAGUUGAUGCAAUUUUUCUUUCGCUUACAUUUGACUUUCAGGUAAAGUUCCCAUACAAGAGUCAAGUCUUCUCGUAAAGAGUUUGCUUCCUUGAACCAUCCUCCUGGAGUUAGAAAGCAGAUGGAUUGGCAUUUUCUAUAUGGAAUUUUACUAUUUAUAUCUCACACCACUAAGGUUUGGAAAAUUUCCCCAAAAAAGUGAGAAUAAUCCCACGUUUAUUAAUUAGCUCCCCUGGGUUUCAGCUAUAUGGUCAAACCUCUUUUCUUUCACUGCUGAAAACACUGUUGGAACAGGCUAAUUAUAACUUUGCAAAAAGGCAAAAUUGUGCCUUGAAGGUUAAUAGCACUGACAGCCAAAGCCAGAGGGUCACACUGUCUUAAAUGAGGGUGUGAAGAUAAAAGAUAUUCCACUCAUUGUCCCAAUAGACAAUUGUCAAUGUCUUGUCAAAAUGUUCCUGGCCAGAGGGGUUGAUACUCUUUUUCCUUUUCAAGGUGCUGUGUGGUUGUGCAGUUUUCUGUACAUUAUAUACUACAGCCUGUAGCCACUGAUGGUUUAAAGAUCAGUUGCUCUUCUGGGAUAAUUCUCUGGUUAUUCCUUACUGAUGAAGUACUGCUGUGAAGGCAUUUGAGAGCAGAAAAAACAGCCAUUAUUGGAACUUUCCCAUGAUAAGGCUGUUGUGUCUUAGCUUCUAGUCCAAUGCAAAGUGCCAAACUGCACUAAACACACCGGGAUGUGGCUGCCUUCUCCCUUAUACUGUAUAUAUGACUGGAGCCAGCUUGUGCAGGAGGAAGUAGAGUCCAAGUCCAAUAUUAAAGCCUGUGAUCCUUUGUUGAAGGGAAACUGCUGAGUGGGAACAAUGCUUAUUUUUCCAUAUCUAGUGGGAGUAUUAGGAACAAAAGUUUCCUCCUCUAAGCUUUGAUUUUUCAUGUGACCUUGUAGGAUGUAACACAAAGCUAUUAUUGUCCUAAAUGCUUGUUUUGCAGCAAAUACUGUCAUGAAGUGAACAUAAUAAUAAAACUUUCAAUAUUCA